AUGUUGGCUGAAACACGUCGUUGCGGAGGUGGCAAUGGUGGAGGUAACUGCGGUAACGGCGGAGACGAUGAGACCGAGGAUGGCGUCGAAUAUUACAGGCUACGCUCUUUCUCUAUAACUGCCAACGGGGUCUUUAACCUCGGUGAUUCUCUCAAGAGCCGCCGCAGCCGCAGCAUCAAUAGUGUUACAUCCUCGGGUACGAGUUGCAGCAGCACCAGGGAUGCUAGGCUACUUAGCUCAGCAUCGCAGCUUUCCGGCAUUGAAUCGGGGGUCGAAAACGAUCAGGGCGAAAGCACAGACGAUGGGACGCGAGUGGCUACUUACAAGGUCGGCAUGCUUGGCGCCUCGGGAGUUGGCAAAACUGCUCUCACUGCCCAAUUCACCACCAGCGAGUACAUUUGUGCUUAUGACGCCUCUCUUGAUGAUGAAUAUGGGCAAAAAAGCGUAUCAGUAAUGAUUGAUGGACAGGAAACAGAAUUAGAGAUCAUCGAUCAUCCGGCGACGGAAAUGUCAGUUGAAACAUUUUGUUCGUCGUACAAUCCAGAUGUAUAUGUGGUUGUAUAUUCUGUAGUCGAUAGACGAUCUCUUAAGUUCGCUGAAGAGACGUUAGUACAUUUAUGGAAAAGCGACUAUAUGGCGACCCACGGGGUCAUACUUGUUGGUAACAAGGUUGACCUUCAACGUAAGCGCGAAGUCGCAGCAAUGAUGGGGCGACGUCUGGCAAAUAGCUGCGGCUGUAAAUUCAUCGAGACAUCGUCAGGCCUUGCUCACCAUGUAGAUGAACUCCUUGUCGGAAUCCUCGCUCAAAUCAAGCUUAAUCCACAGCGUGAUAGGAACCAAGUUACACGACGUCGCCGUAGUAAACAACGACGGACAAUUCUGAAACACUUGCUUGGUUUCAAGAGAAAAACUAAGAGUUGCGAGAACCUCUUCGUUCUCUGAGAUUCCAAUCGCUUUUUAUCCUGAAACUUCAUUGUUAUUUAUAUUUUUUUUGGCUUCUAAUGUACAGCAUUAUUUGUGUGGCUUAAUUUAUACGAAAUAUAUUAUCGCUCUUGUUUCAUGGUGCUAAGUUCAAAAACAAGAAUUACAAAUGAUGAUAUUAAUAUCAUUAUUUUCGA